AUGGGACUCGCUGUCCUGGUGCUAGCACUGCUUACAUCUGCGGAUGCUGACAACAUCUGCGAGGACGAGAGGCCUUUGAAGUGCGUGCGGUUCGGCGAGCAGUGCGAAGCGCUGAGCGCUUGCGGGGAGUGGAGCGCUGACUGCAACGACUGCGACCCGAACAUCACGGACAGCGACUGGAGAGAGGUGGACCACAAAUGGAUCAAGUUCCUGCGGGGCAACGGUUGCCACACCCUGGACAGCAAUUGCCUUGCCACGACCUCUGUGGACCACACGUUGCUCUACGCCAAUCAGGCCCACUGCGAGGUGCUUGUCAAGGCUGAGGCGGGCUUGGAGUUCACGCGCUUCCACACGGAGGACAACUGGGACGAGGUGGAGUUGGUGUCCCUCACGGACGGCCAGGUGCUGUGGACGGGCUCUGGGCGCCUGGGCGCCUUCGCUUUGCCCGUGGUUCUGGAGACCACCACAGCCUUCAUGUGGAAGACGGACGCCACCACGCAGAGCAAAGGGUGGAAGGCCUGCAGCGGUUGUCCCGACGCCGCCCAGGACACCCCCGAUGGCCAGUGCCAAUGCGUGGUGGCGAAGGGAUUGGAGACGUCCUGCGUGGAUUACAACUAUACGCUGAGGCUGGCGGGGCUCGACUUCCCGUGGCUGACGAAUUGCUCCACCUUUGAUCCCAAGUGCCGGACUUGCAGAUGCCUGUCCACGACGGGAAAAAACAAGUUGCAAGUCCGACUGAUCAUCCGAGGGAUGUUCCAGUGGAUGAGUCACCUAGUGCUGUGGGUGGCUGUGGCGGCGCCAUUGCCCGUGGCUCUGUACCUCAUCAUCACAUGUCUGCUGGCUGCUUCCGACCUCUGCAACGUGGACAGGGACAGUUGCCGAGAGGCAGUUCUGCGGUGGACGGCGUGGACAAGCCAUGUCUUGCGGAACGGCUGCUGCCGCGGUCAAGACCCUUGCGGCCGCAUCAGUGGCUUUUGGUACCUGGCCUGCGUCCAGUGCUUCUGGGUGUGGUUCCAGUUCAAGCUCUGGACGGAACCGCAGCACGGGGUGACCGGCCUGGAUCUGCUGGCGCCCAUGAUCUUGUGGCUCUUCUUCUGUCUGAGUUCGGGCAUGAUCUGGUACUGGCACAAGUUGGCCCUGAAAAACGCCAGCGAGGAGCAAGACAUGGAGACCUGGGUGGGCGGCUGCCGCUGCUUCGUUUGCUGCUGUUGCUUCUGCAACCCCCUGGGCUGUUGCUUCCCCAUGGAGGUGACGGAUGCCCAUUCCGCCCCUCCUACUCUGGACGCGGAAAAAGGACAAAGUCCUGGGCAGCAGAGCAUGGAGAGCCCGGAAGGGACAGACUCUAUGCUCACCAUCGGCAAGUCCCAGAUCGGGCAGCUGUUCAAGGGCCUCUUCUCGGAGGAGGACAAGCAGAAGCACUCCGAACGGUUCGAGCGCCUGGCGCACGUGAGCGAGGAAGUGGACGCGGACUCGCCCUACUUGAUGAUAUGGCUCUGGCGAAUCUUUUUGGGCGGCUCGCCGGUGCACUUCAAAGGAAGCCUCGUCUUGGUGGCUCUGCACCUCACCUUCUGGGCCCUUGUGCUUGCGGCAACCAGCUGGGCCUACGAGAACACUUUCUACAGCCGCGCUCGCACCAUGGAGGACGUUUACCUAGAGGCCUUGGGCCCUGGAUACAAAGCUCCGCCUUCCUUGCACGACCCCCGGGUGACGCUCAUCGCGGACGACGGCUCCAUCCUGCAAGGGCCGCGCAUCGUCGCCGGGAAGCGCCUCUACGACGCCAUCCACCGCUUCGUGCCGGUGGUGCGGAACUUCACGUCCUCCAUGCGGAUUCUGCCCGCCUGCCUGGUGGUGCACUACUGGUGCCUGGCCUUAAGUGUCCUGAUCCACGCCCACUUUAGCAGGCAGCGGCUCCGGGCGUGGCUGGGGAACUACGGGCCGCGGGGCCAGUGGAAACACCUGGAGGGCUAUGCGGAGCAGCCGGAGUACGUGAAGCUUUCCGCACGACCACUGAGCGAGGACACGGAUCCCGGGGUGAAGGUCGCGGGCUUCGAAAUCUACCCCAAGAAGGCGGCGCUCCCGAAAACCAGCGACACCAUUCUGCAAGUCGGGGUCGCGACGUCCACAGUUCUGCUUUGCGCGCUGGCGCUGUGCUGCAAGGUCUACAUGCCGCUGGUGGAGACGACGGAGGUCUCGUCUUCUCACCAGGAAGCCUCGCUGCUGGGGGCCGUUGCGCCCGCCAAGAUGCCGGAGUCCUGGGGAACCCGACAUCUGUGGCUGGUGUAUCUGUUGACCUGGCUGCCUUUGAUUCCGUACCGCAUGAUCAAUGGCCUCUUCCUGUCGGCGGAAUUCGCGCACCUGAUCCGGAAGGCGACUCGUCAUUUCGACGCGACCUCGGAGGAGGCUUCGCCGGACGGGCGACAACUGGGGAUCAUCGAAUGGAAGGUGGGCGACAUGUGCCGCGACUGGUUCCUUUUGCUGCCGUGCGGCCUGCUGGUGGAUUGUCUCAGCGUGCUCACGGGCCUGAUCGCCACGUGCCGGUUGAUCUUCGUGUGGCAGGCCCACGACUUUGCGCCGGUGCUGGUCGCCAACUGCUUGACGCUGCUGGUCUUAGUGGUGCUCCAGCUAAAGCCAGUUGUGGACUGGAAUGGCUUCCUGCUCUGGUACCACAGCACCAAGGACAACAUCCACCCGGUCUUGUUCAUUUGCCUCAGCCGGGGAGUGCUGAACUUCAAGGUGCUGGGCCUGGCGCUGACGCCGGCCUACUUCGUGGGCCUCGCGGUCUCGGUGGGGAUCUCCGCGGGCACGGCGGCGGCGCGGCAGUUCUCCGGGGACUUCGUGCAGGUGCUGACCUCCUCCAAGUGA